UCUCCCAAACUCCGUUGCAAUUCGUAACCAACCGUCCAACCAUGGAUAUAAUUCGUCGAUAGAAGGAUAAUACAGUCAUCAUAAUACCAGAAGGCCGCAAACAUCCACACAAUCUCCCCACCAAAGAAAUAAUCCCGAAAUAUUACUCGCGCAGGAUCAAUUUCCAAAUCGACACUAUAUCACCAUCUAGCCACAGCAAGCGAGCAAGUCGUUGCAACCUUCAUAAAAUUGACAUCCGUUUCUCGACUCAAGCACAUCGCUACAGAACACCGGCUCGUAACAACCAGACACCCCCAAAAAAGCGUAAACACUUCAUUUCAAGCCAAAGAAAAUAAAAAGGAACGAAGAAGAUCCGAGAUGCAAAACAAAAAAAAUACUGUUAUAGUUGAAUAAUAAUGGUGUACCAUCUUUUUUCUAUUACGAAACAGCAAACUCGCAUUGUCUCAGCAUGGUUUCGUUAUCACAAAAAAAUAAACUACUAUUCAUACAAUGCCAUCUUAUCCACACUUACACACAGUAGCCGGCAAACUCAUCCAGCACACUCGGCUACAGCGUACUUCAAUCUUUAACUACCACAUCAGCCCUCCCCCGCCAAAAGAAAGAAGAAAAAAAACCCCCCCCCCCCUUUGUCUCUUAUCCGCUCCCUCACGCUUCCCUCAAAAUUCGCAUACCGACCUACACAAAAAACCUCAUACAACCAAACCAUCAUGCACGCACACAUACCAUUCAUGCACAUCAACGAAAUCUCUCCACACGAGCGAGGUGGGCAAUGCGGGUACAUAAUUCCAACCUCAAAUGUCAUCAUGCUAA